AGGAGGUCCAUGAGGACUACAAGAGGUCCAGGAGGAUUACAGGAGGUCCAUGAGGACUACAGGAGGUCCAGGAGGACUACAGGAGGUCCAGGAGGACUACAGGAAGUCCAUGAGGACUACAGGAGGUCCAUGAGGACUACAGGAGGUCCAGGAGGACUACAGGAGGUCAUGGUGGACUACAGGAGGUCCAUGAGGACUACAAGAGGUCCAGGAGGAUUACAGGAGGUCCAGGAGGACUACAGGAGGUCAUGGUGGACUACAGGAGGUCCAGGAGGACUACAGGAGGUCCAGGAGGACUACAGGAGGUCCAGGAGGACUACAGGAGGUCAUGGUGGACUACAGGAGGUCCAUGAGGACUACAAGAGGUCCAGGAGGAUUACAGGAGGUCCAGGAGGACUACAGGAGGUCAUGGUGGACUACAGGAGGUCCAGGAGGACUACAGGAGGUCCAGGAGGACUACAGGAGGUCCAGGAGGACUACAGGAGGUCCAGGAGGACUACAGGAGGUCAUGGUGGACUACAGGAGGUCCAGGAGGACUACAAGAGGUCCAGGAGGAUUACAGGAGGUCCAGGAGGACUACAGGAGGUCAUGGUGGACUACAGGAGGUCAUGGUGGACUACAGGAGGUCCAGGAGGAUUACAGGAGGUCCAGGAGGACUACAGGAGGUCCAGGAGGACUACAGGAGGUCCAGGAGGACUACAGGAGGUCCAGGAGGACUACAGGAGGUCCAGGAGGACUACAGGAGGUCCAGGAGGACUACAGGAGGUCAUGGUGGACUACAGGAGGUCCAGGAGGACUACAAGAGGUCCAGGAGGAUUACAGGAGGUCCAGGAGGACUACAGGAGGUCAUGGUGGACUACAGGAGGUCAUGGUGGACUACAGGAGGUCCAGGAGGAUUACAGGAGGUCCAGGAGGACUACAGGAGGUCCAGGAGGACUACAGGAGGUCCAGGAGGACUACAGGAGGUCCAGGAGGACUACAGGAGGUCCAGGAGGACUACAGGAGGUCCAGGAGGACAGAGCAUCUCCUCUCCUCAUCAAAGAUGAAGCGGUGGAGCGUGUUGACAACAUCAAGUUCCUGGGCGUCCACCUUACAUCUGACCUGGUCCCUGAACACAGCUCACCUGGUGAAGAAGAAUCAACAAAGACUCUUGUUCCUCAGGAAGCUGAAACGUUCUGGCCUCUCCCCUCAGCUCCUGACUGA